UGCUCCUCACAUCGCCGUCCAACCCCAGGCUCGGUGACGAUAGAAGGCGAGCCUCCUUAGCAAAGUAUCGUUAUCAUUUCAGAUGUGACUAGAUUGGACUGCCGUACUGCUGCGGUGCCACACAUGGACCCGUGACAAGUUUGACUGGAUUGCCAUUUUCCCAUCUACCUGUACUGCUUUUGACCCGUGCUCUAUUGAAUGUUAUAAGACGCCAUGAUCCGGCUGGAGGAGGACAACCGCACAUCUCCAGUAGACAGCAUGGACACCAAAAGGCACUCCGCUGAAAGGUGACCUGCAGACACUUCACCUCCCCAAAACAUUUGAAUAUGCCAGGACAUAACAAUGAGCUCCAACAUCACAGACCCUGGUCUCUUCCUGACUGCAAACACCUCACUACCAGCAGCUGGAGCCUAUCCACAAUCCAAUGCUCUCAACCAAGGAGGUAGUGGAUUAGCCCCCUGGUUGGUUUUUCAUGUGAAUACCCCGGUUGAUAAUUCCUCCUCCAUCAGCAAUCUCUUAAACUACACCUCAGAAUCCCAAAAUGAAACUGUAACUGUGGACCAUGAUCCCUUGGGUGGCCAUCCUUUAUGGCAGGUUGUCCUCAUUGUCUUGCUGACAGGCAUGCUGUCAUUGGUCACCGUCAUUGGCAACAUCCUGGUGGUAGUAUCCUUUAAGGUUAACCGCCAGCUAAAGACAGUCAAUAACUAUUUCCUGCUGAGCUUGGCUGUGGCUGACCUCAUCAUAGGGGUCAUCUCCAUGAACCUCUACACCGCUUAUCUUGUGAUGGGCUACUGGGCCAUGGGCAACUGGGCCUGUGACAUGUGGCUGGCUAUAGACUAUGUGGCCAGCAAUGCAUCAGUUAUGAACCUACUGGUCAUAAGCUUUGACCGCUACUUUUCAAUCACCAGGCCUUUGACCUACAGGGCCAAACGGACCACAAAGCGAGCUGGGAUCAUGAUUGGCCUAGCCUGGUUUGUUUCUAUUGUUCUGUGGGCUCCAGCUAUCCUACUAUGGCAGUUUUUUGAGGGUCAAAGGACAGUACCCUCAGAUGAAUGCUACAUUCAGUUCCUCACAGAGCCUACUAUAACCUUCUGCACAGCUAUAGCAGCUUUCUACCUGCCUGUGACGAUAAUGAGUGUUCUCUACUGGCGCAUUUACCAGGAGACCCAGAAUCGCUCAAAGGAGUUAGUUGGGUUGCAAGGUUCAGGGAGUCGUGGUGGGAUAGGAGGAAGAGGUGGGAAUGGUGGGGGCGAGAGAGCCCGUUUUGUCCAUCAGACAGGAAGUUCUAGAAGUUGCAGCAGCUAUGAGCUGACCAGGUUGUCCCGGAGAAAAAGCACAUGUCGGGAGCUGGUUGGCCGCUUCCGCUGCUGGCCUGGGGUUCGUUCUUGGAGGCCUGGUAGUAUCCGGCACGGGGAGGGUGAUCCAGACCAGAGCAGCAGUGACAGCUGGAACAACAAUGAUGCUGCAGUCUCGUUGGACCAUUCUGGGUCUUCAGAGGAAGAGGAUUGUGGGGGGAAAGAGAUGAUUUCCCAGAGUCAUGCUAUUUUCUCCAUUGUUCUCAGCUUGCCUGGUAUAAAAGCUGCUGUCAACUCCCAACUCACCUCAUGUGAGGAUCUGGAUGCAGCGUCAGAGGAGGAUCCCCUCAGGGGAGCAGAGUUUAACCAAGACAGCCUGUCAACAGUCACCACCAACACCACUGCCGCCACUACUCCCGAUAGAGGAAACAGUUCAGAAAAUAGGUACCACCAACGCUUCUGCUCACGAAAGAUUCAAUCAUUGCCUACCCUAGAGGGUACCUCUAACCAAGUCUCAGAUGGUUCCCUAACAACUACCACCACUGCCACUGACAGUUCUACCACCAGCACCACCACCAAAUCCCCCUCUGUCCCAAUGUCCUUCAAAGACGCAGCUCUGGCGAAACGUUUUGCAACCCAAGCUCGGACUCAGAUCACCAAGAGGAAGCGCAUGUCCUUAGUAAAGGAGAAGAAGGCAGCUCAAACUCUCAGUGCCAUUCUCUUUGCAUUCAUCAUCACAUGGACACCUUACAACAUCAUGGUGCUGAUCAAUGCCUUCUGUAAAGUUUGCAUCCCGGAGACCCUGUGGGCAGUAGGGUACUGGCUGUGUUACGUCAACAGCACAGUCAACCCCAUGUGCUACGCCCUUUGCAACAAGACUUUCCGUACAACCUUUAAAAUGAUACUUAUGUGCCGCUGGGACCAGAAAAAAAGGAGGAAGCAGCAGUUUCAGCAGAGGCAAUCAGUGGUAUUCCACAGGAGAAUUCCCAGGGAGUCCACGUAAAGGAAGUUUGGAUGGUUGAUAACAUGGAAUCGAAAGAUUUAAUAUAGGACAAGGAAAAGACAGAAGCAUCCAUGUAGUUGUUUCUGUGGUGUUUAUUUGCUUAGAGAUCCUUAAUGUUUUUCUCUGCUGGUAUAUGUCAAGCACAGCAUCCCUAUGUGGUGGUCUUUAGAUAUGUGUUUGUGUCGGUGCAUCCAUUUAGAAAAGCUACAGCUGUGUAAAGGGCUGUGUAAGGUGAGGUUCAGAGAUGAAAACUUUCCCUCUGUCCUGAAAUAACUUUAUCAUGUCACUCUCGUGCAGCUUAAAGAAAAUGAACUGAGUGGAAAACAAUAGAAAAGGGCUUUAAAAUGCAUUGCAGGAUAAUUUUUGAAGUGCAAUUGUCACAGGGGGAAAGGAUGUCUUUGUCAUAGGGUUGGGGAUUCACAUUUCUUAUUAUUUGUCAUUGUGGGUAACUAGAUCUGUUAAAUGCAGAGUGCUUUUGCAUUUCAAACAAAACUAUGUAUUUGUAAAACGUUGAAAGCUAAGACAAAAACUAUUUUGUGUUCACAGGCUUCUUCAUUAUACUGAUUUGACCUGCCAUCGUCUUGAUUGGCAUGUGUAUUUAUCAGAACUUCUGUAUAUUGCCUUUCUACAUGGAUAUAGCUUUCCUAUGUCUGAUGGAAUAUAAAAGUUCUUGAAUUGUGUCCUUACUUUCAGUCAACAGAGAUCUGUUAUUUUUGUGAUAUUAAUUUUUGGUUUUCUAGAUAUUCCUGAGAUUUUGAGCCAGUCUGAAAAUGAUUAUUCUGAUGAAUUGAGUUGUGAAUAUUUUGUGUGGCACCACAGUCAGUGAACUGCUGUUGUGUUCAAUGUGAUUGUUGUGGUUUUUAUGGUGGAGACAAUAAGUACAUUGGUUGUGUUUUAUGUACUUGCAGUUCUCUGUCAAGAGUAAUGAUUAUACAUUAAUGAUAUUCUGUUUGUGUACAUUUGGAUAUUUCUGACUUGAUACUCAAUUGAUUGCACACACAAAGAUGUUCAUUUAUAAAGAUGUGUGUUUUGAUUUUACACUAUCUAUUAGAUUUCUACAAAAUGAUACAUCUAAGGAACUCUUUGAAAAAGGCCACCCAUCUUAUAGUAGAGCAAUGGCUGCCUCUAGUGGCUUGAGAAAGACCUGUUGUCUAGGCUGUAUUUCUGUCAACUUCUACAGUCCAUUAUCAAUCCCAUUCUGCCAAUAUGUGUGCACAUAUUUGGGCAACAAUUAUUCAUACUUUAAGCCUGUUUGGUUUUAGGAAUUGGCUUAUAGUUAUUACAUGUCUUUUAGAUUUCUAGAAAUAUAUACUGUAUAUGCAUUUAAAAAAUGGCCACAAUCAUUGAAGUUACGAUAUUUAACUUUCUGUCAUAGCCUAAUUUUUUUUAAUAUAUGAUUUAUUGGUGAAGUGUUUCUUUAUUUAAGACUUACAGCAAUUGAUUUGUAAAUAAAAUUGAUAGCUGUCUUGGUCAUCAGGUAUUUCUAUACAGAAAGUGGCAGAACGGCACAUCAUCAACAAGAAGCCAACUAAGGCAAGAGUUUAUUUUAAACUUUAUUUCUAUUGCACAUUAUUUUAUUCUUAUCCUAAAUAGAUGGUUUUCACAUUUUGGCUCACCCAAAUCUUGAAUAUUGUGCAAAAGGUAUUAAAGGCAAAUGAUACACUGUUUUAUGACAACUGGCAUACUGAAGAAUGAGUAGAUUGGAUUAUGUGGGAUGCAAUGAAGUAACUUAUGUGCUGUAUGCAAAAGUGAUGUUAAAAAAUAUCCCAUGCUUGUCAUCAGUGGGUAUUUGAUCUGCUUUCAACACAUUGUGCUCUAAUGUCAUGAUACAUUCUUCAUCAAAAUAUGAGAUUUUUGUACUUAAAUAUUGGGAAUGUAAACUACCAAAAUGGUGAACACAAACAUUUUUGUUACA